UCUUCUCCGGAAACCUAAGACUUUAUAAAAAGCGAGUGUCGCGUUACUGAAUCAUCAAGCAGGCUGGCAAUCAAGACAAAACAUACGACUCGCUGAAAGGUCGUUCUGCAUUCUAUCGCAUUUAAUAGACUUCGAAUUAUUGCGGCGAUAUGGCCUGCUAGUUUACUACCGAUCACGUGAUCACUGGCGGUGAUGUGUUCAACAUUAACCACGCCGGCCUGAAAUAAACUUAAUCGCAGAUGAAAUCGAUAUCGUUCAUAAGUACAACACUAAGUUAAGAAUCACUUGAAAUUUCGUCUUGAUGUGGUCAGCUUCCAGGGUCGAUCAGCUCAAAUUCCUCCGUCCUCUGGAAUGUACAUCGUAUCAAGUCUAACUGUCAAUUAAGUUGCCUCGCUUUCGUAUAACUACACCGCGCCGACACCAGAGACACGCAGUCUACGUUUUUCAACCAAAUUCACGGGACAAAAUACGACGACUUCUUUACGCCCAAACUCUCCAAAACAACACAAGUAAUCGUAAAACAUCGUUUGAAUUCGAUUGAGUGAGUAAAGUAUAAAGAAAUUGGAAAGCCCAACCAAUUGAUUUUCCUGAAGAGCUAUCGAGCGAUGUGAUUGGUURUCUUAGCCCGCCGGCAAGUUCCAAAGAAUUCGACUAUGUAUGCAUCUCGGGAUCUCGGCUUCACUGACGAACCCGCGCCACGGACAGACGAAACACAUGACCAGAAGCUAUACCGUAGUCAUAUAGGAGAGUCUGAYAGCAAGACAUAUAAUAAUCUUCAACCAUUGCAGACAAGUCAACCUUCUUUCUCUGUCAGUCACGCGACUACAGAUWCAACAUUUAUUAAUUACGAAUUUAUGGAGCCAAGUACAACAGGCUCGCCACCAACAGGAGUUAAUUUUGUUGGUUGUCAAAGUGGCCAACAUAAUGUUCUCAAUGGUCAUGGCGUAAACCGACAUUUCUCCACAGAAGACACCAGUUGUUAUCAUCCAACAWCAUUGCAAAACUGUCCACCAAAUUCUCGGACGGAUCCCAUAGUUGGAUUGGCUCAGUUAGCCGAGAAAGCAAACUUUUCAGGCGAACUUGACGACUUUGGCGACACGCGGUCUGGCUCGGAUGCACGCAACAGUCUUCAUCGAAUACAACGCAGUUUUUCCUUCCCAAGYUCACCGAACUUAAGGAAUUCCUUGAUGGAUAGUGGACGGCCAGGGUAUGAUAGUCUUCGAGAGGGAUUUCAAGGUUCGUUUAUGGACGAUUCUAUGAAUAACAGCUUAUAUCCUGUUCCUGGCUCCACGAUGUCGGACAUAUCUGGGUCUAGACAUCACAUCAGACAGCAACAACGUCAAAGUGCCUACAUGUUCCCUGAUCAUGUAUUGGAGCGUCCACAUCCAUCACCUGGCCGAUAUAGUCAAUACAGUUAUCCUGACGAUAGGGAUUUAAGGUCGUUUGACUACUACCAAACUCUAAGCAAAGAAAAAUCGGGGGUUAUCCCUAAUGUAACUGUGUUCAACACUGAUCCACAGUCAAAGUCAACACGAUUUUAUGCCCCCGUGAAGUCRAAAUCUGAAGAAAUCUUAAAGAAAACACUUUCCACUUUUGGKAGAAUACUCUCYCCGACCGAGGGCGAAGAGGARCGAAGAGAUGGGGAAAAGUGGSCCAGCACAAAUGAUAACAAGAAAGAUAAACGAUGUUCUAGUUCGAAAGGGUCAACGAAUUGCGCGCCAGAGCAAAGUAACGAGAGACUGUGUGCUUGUAAGUGGAUGGGCUGCGAUGCUAUUUACUCUGAGCAAGACGACCUGGUUCGACACAUUGAGAAAGUCCACAUUGAUCAGCGUAAGGCUGAUGAUUUGUAUAUCUGUUAUUGGGAACAAUGCACAAGACAAACCAAGCCUUUCAACGCUCGUUAUAAGCUGGUCAUUCAUAUGAGAGURCAUUCUGGUGAAAAACCGAAUAAGUGUACGCAUCCAGGUUGUAACAAGGCCUUUUCAAGACUUGAGAACUUGAAAAUCCACAUGCGAUCUCACACUGGAGAAAAGCCGUACAUAUGUCAAUUUCCAGGCUGUCCAAAAGCAUUUUCAAACUCCUCAGAUAGAGCUAAACAUCAAAGAACACAUUUGGAUACGAAACCUUACGCGUGUCAGGUUCCUGGAUGCCCCAAAAGAUAUACGGAUCCAAGUUCCUUACGAAAGCAUUUCAAGCAACAUGCAAGUGGCAAAAUGCCUCACACCAAYGCUGGAAAUAAGAACAAGCAAAAGCUUCGAGGAUCUAAGUCAUCCAAAAGAGAGUUACUUGGAGAAGGUGUUACUAGGCCAUUAGUAGACUUGGGUGUUCCCGAAGAGUACACCAAAAGCCAUACCCCACUAGAAACACUUCACAAGAUGGACCCAAGAUUAGCAUUGAUAGAAAACAACAACUACCAAGUUAUGCAAACAGAAAUGUCAAAUUCAUGGGACAGUUCUGAGGCGACAUAUCCUUAUGGUGUMAAUCAACCUCCUGUUGCCAGGGCAACCACACCUACAAUGAUGGCUGAGCCACCGGAGCAGUAUUAUACCCAAGUWCUUAGCACUAUGGACAUUCCUACAUUUGAAGACACUUUGAAACCUCUAUCAUCAGCAGUUAUGAGAUAAUAUUAAUGAUCUAUUAAUUUACGUCAAUGUAACCUUGUAAAGUGUACAUAGACCCUCAUCAUACAAUCUUACUAAAGCGUAUUUUGUUUAUAAUAUAAUGCCAUACAGAUUAAUACUUGACUACUAGGGGCUUUAAGUGUCCAGUAAUACUAUGUUGUAGUGAGCAGAGAUAGGUAUGCACAUGUUUUGACUAGCAAUUUUAUAGAAAUUUUAAUUGUUUAGUGAUGUGCUGCCUCCAGGGUCUUAUUGUAUGAAGAGCAAAUCGUGUUAUUUACAGGAUAAAUCGUUAUCCAGCAGAUUAAAUACAUGAAAAGUGGACACCUUUAUCUUCAUACAAUAAAUUGGACCCUGUUUGUGCCAUGAAUGUUACUGGUCAUGACAUGAUCUUUCAAAUAGUUCCCAAAUCACUGAUAGGCUCAGAAAUUCACAAUAAUUGUGAGUUUUUGAGGCUUAAACAAAGUUUAAGGUAAUUAAUACCCAAAAUUAUCAGAUAGCAGGAAUCACUUAAGCCUUAGACAUUGAGUCAAGUAGCUAGGGAAAACUAUGAUUGGAUGCUACUAAUAUUAUUCUGACUUAAAAACAAAAACACUGUGAUUAUUGUACAAUAAAUGUUUUGGUUGUUAAUGCUUUGCUGAUUAAACUGUUACUGUUGAAUGAAUUAAUGAGAAUAAACAAAAAGUAUAAUUUUAUGAUUCUAAAAUAAUUUAACCCUCAAACUUAUAACAUAAGACUAACUCUAUUGAAUGGAGUACAUUACGUGUUACUUAUGGUCUAAUAAGGUGGUGGAAUAAAGACUAUAUUUGCCUUUGAUACCAUGCAUUACUAAUCCUUAUAGACACAGAUUACAACUGCGAGACGUGGAUGAUCAUGGAUUACUUUGACCACUUGUUUUACACAAGACUGAAGAUUUCAACUGGGAAUAUUUUUAACACUAUAUUUGAAUUUGUGCACAAUUUAAUCACUAACACUGAUGCAGAAUUACAAUUAACAAAUAUGGAAUAGGCUAUUAGUUUGACAUUUAAGAUAUUAUAAUCAUCAUGACAAACAGUUGCCGUGGUAUCAUAUAAAGACAUAGAAAACCAUCCAUAUCAUAUAUAAAUCAGUAAAGCUUUGUAUUCUAUUUGUUUCAUGUAAAUAAGAAGCGUAAAUAUUUACUUUUUGACCACUAAGGUUGCCAAACUUUAGCAUGAAUUACAUUACUAGUUUAUUUUCAAGGUUGCUGGUUGAAAACACUCUGACAUAUCUGUAUACUGAAUACAUAUUCGCAUUAAAAACAGACAUUGACUACAA